AUGUCUCCCCCACCUAUGUCAGCAAAGUCUUUCGGCACCUUCAUCGACUCGGAGCCGUCGACGCCAGCCUACUCACCAAGGAUGGACCACCAGUGGGACGACUCAUCGGUGGUCCUAGUCCGCCCCAUGUCCUCGUCUUCUGAACCUUCAAGUCCUACUGAGCCAGUAUGGCGCAUGUUACAACCACUCCCGGUGAAGGCCCCACCAAAGCCCAAAGCCAGCGCCGUCAGACCUCAGUCCAAAGAACCCGUCACCUCUGCCAAGGAGAUUUCAUCACAGACAUCGCUUGCAUCACACCCUACUAAGCAGGCGAGCUACGUCAAUCGCCCGCACGCGAUCAAGCUAGCAAGCCUAUCACAACAAGAUUUCCCCCCGAAGAGCGAAGACAUCCCACAGGGUGAUGUUACAUCACCUCAGCCGACAGCCAGCACACCCACAGCGGCCGCCUUCGGAAAACUGGCAAACAAGAUGAAGUUGAUGCUCCGGCGUAAGAACACGAACGCAAAGAAAAAGGAGAAGAAGAAGCGAGAGUACGAAGAGGUAGACCGACGCGUUCUGUCAAGUCCGUUAUCACGUGCCCUCUCGCAGACAAGACUCCUACAAACCCAUCCCAAGAGUUCAAGAACCAACGGAAGAAACAUUGCCCUCUUCAACACGCGAUGGAACCAACCAGCCAAGGACUCCACAACCACACUCCUAGAAUCGCGCUUCCCAACCAAGACCGUCCUUGUACUCCUCACCCUAGGCGGCCUAGCAUACUACUUCGUCGACAUAGUAGAAACCGACUGGACAGACAGCGUCUACGGCGCCUUCGAAACCGGCGACGAUGCCUCGCAGCUCGCCCAACCCCUCCACUUCUACUCCUCCAAAGAAGAAGUCCAACACAUCCUCGACUUCCACAUCCCAGACCUCAGCGCCCCGAUGAAAGAUCCCGCCAUAGCGAAGUUCUUCUCGGAGCAAUUCGACAAGCUAUGCUACGGAUGGAUGAUGACGCCCGAUGAUUCAAAGAAGGGUGUCGAAGGCAUGCCGGACGUGCAAAUGCCCAUAACACACGGAUGUCGGUUCCGCAGCAACGAGCCAUGUGAGGAUUUCUUCGCACUAGGAACGUCGCCUGGUCCCGGGCAGAACCUGUGGAAUUACUGGACUGUACUAGAUGGGCAUGCAGGACGACACACGGCAUUCUACCUCCAAUGGACACUAAUCCCCAUGGUAUCCUCCGCACUCAGCACCCUAACACCGCACGCCUCGAGCCACCAAAUCGAAAGCAGUAUAAAAACCGCCUUCCUCGCCACGGACAAAAGUAUCAUGUCCCGCGCCAAAACAGCCGCAGCCUGGUUCCCCGCCGCCAACGCCGCCGCUAUCGCCGCGCUCACACCCGCUUUCUCGGGGUCCUGCGCGCUACUCGCUGCAUUCGAUCCCCAAACCUCCAAGUUACGCGUCGCAUGCACAGGAGACUCGCGCGCCGUCCUAGGCCGCUGGGACCCCUCCACAUCCUCCUACACCGCCAUCCCCCUCUCCGAAGACCAAACCGGCUUCAACACCAAGGAAGUAGAGAGAUUGGCAAACGAACACCCAGACGAACCCUCCGUCAUAGACCCCAAAACAGGCCGCAUGCUAGGCAUAGCCGUAACCCGCGCCUUCGGCGACCACCGCUGGAAAUGGGAUAACGACACGGUCAAGGCGUGCCAGCACAAAUUCUGGGGUACGGCGCCGCGGCCAGGGAAUCUAAGCCCGCCCUAUAUGACGGCAGAGCCUGAGGUAACGGAAACGGAAGUCGUGAGGAGGGAGCCGCGGGAUGGCAUGUUGUGUGGUGAUGACGGGAAAGCAGAAGAAGGCGGGAAAAGCGAUUUCCUCAUCCUCGCUUCCGACGGCCUAUGGGAUCGUAUCUCAUCCGCUCAUGCCGUAGAGUGCGUAUCCCGCUAUCUCUCCGCGCGCGCCCGUGGCCAAGGCUCUGUGAAGGCCGACCCGGAACUCCUGCGCAACCCUCCUGUUUUCCCGUCCAACUUCUCCAGUUUGGAUCCGGGUGUGACGUGCGAUCCCGCGGCAGGCGAAGACGUGGAUUGGAAAGCGGAGCCGCAGUAUUUUGCGAUUGAAGACGAGAAUGCGGCGGUUUGUUUGGCGAGGAAUGCGAUGGGUGGGAAUAGGAGGGGGUUGUUUCUGGGGGUUUUGGCGGGGCCGGAGCCGUUGAGUCGGAAUGCGGUGGAUGAUACUACUAUUAUGGUUGUGUUUUUUGAUAAGAUUGGUGAGGGGGGGGGGAAGGGGAAGGGGGGUAGAAAGGUAGAAGAGAGUAGGGGUGGAGAGGGGGAGAAGAAGAAGAGGUGGUGGUGGCCGUUGUGA